AUGUUUGCAAGGAUAUCGGCAGCAACAGCACGACGAACACACAGACCACUCAUUGCAAAAAGUAUACGGAAGCGAUGCAUUGGCACUGACGAGACAUCUCGACCAUUUCCUUCUCCUUUUCCAACACGACCCACGCAACCCAACAAGAAUGACGAAUUGGCAUUACCAGUCCCUGUUCCGAUAACACAAAGCGAUACUCAUGUUGAAGAGCCCUAUUCGCAUUCCUCGUUUCGCAGCAACAACAGCAGCAAUUCCUAUGAAGGCAUGAACGAGACGCCACUACCACCCACACAUCAUUUUGAUACAUACCAAUUAUUACAAGCGUUGGAGAGACAAGGCUUCACACGGUCCCAGGCUGAGGUUGUUAUGAAAGGCAUCAAAUUUAAGCUGAGGGAGAGUUCGGCGUUUAUCAGACAAAGACUCUUGCUACGCUCGGAUCUCGAUAAUGAAACCUAUCUAUUCAAGGCUGGAUUAUCAGAAAUGCGCACUGAAGUACAGACGAUGAGGAGGAAUGAUACGCAUAUGCUACAAGCAGAGAUGGCAGCCGUGACAAGGGAUGUGGAAUCUAUUGGCCAAAAGCUACGAGAGGAUGUUGCACUCAUGAAAAAUGAAAUCACGCUGGAUCUCAACAAUCGAAAAAACGAGGGACGUGAGGAGCUCAAGACCAUUGAAAUGAAGAUCCAAGAAAUGAACAACAAGCUCACAGUAUCACUUGGUGAUGUACGCACUGGAAUCGAGGCCGUGAGGUGGGAAACAAUUUGGAAAGGAAUGACUGGUGUGGCGGUAGCUGCAUUGAGCAUUGCUGGUCUUGGUUAUCUAUUAACACGGUAUGCGGAGCACAAGGCAGAGACCAUACGCUUGGAGAAGCAAAGACGAAAGAAGCAAUUUCGAGAAGAUGCUCGGCAAUCCGGAAUGGCAGAUAUGGAAGUAGUCUAUUGA